AUGUCCAUGCCGAUGCCCAAUAUGCCCCCAGCGCCGACAAGCCAUCCGUACGGCAUGGAUCACGCAGACUACAACACGCAAGCCUACAAAGGAGACCAAUACUACAACGAGGACUCAUUAUCCUGGAACCACAAUAAUACAUCAUUGUCUCAUGCAUACCCUAAUCACAUUCCGCCAUCUACCUUCCACGCCAAUCCCGAAUUACAAUCAAUCCCACCGGCCCUCCAGAGCCACCUAUACAGUCUCGCGCCGAACUCGAAUACCCCACACCAACCCUCAAGCUCCUGGAAGGGCCGAAGCAAUCAGGAACUCCUCGAAACCCUGCUGGACACGAUUGGGAGCUGUGACGAAGAACUCGUGGCGCAGGUCGUCCACGUCGUGCGCGCGAGUCCCACGCCCGAGGACGCCGUGUCCGGCAUCUGCCAGGUUCUGGGAAUCGGGAGACCUGGACAAUCAUGA